AUGCCUUCCUCGCAUCGACGCUGGCGCCCACCCGCGCUCUUCCUGCCGCUCAUCGCGCUCGUCGUGCUCGCGCUCACCUCCCUCGCCGCCGCCUCACCCGAAGGACCGAAACCCCAGCUCUCGCACUCGCUCUUCGACAACCUGCCUAGCAAGAUCACCUACUUUGAGGACUCGCCUGUCGUCCUCUACCACGACCAGAUCGCGCGCGACGUGUACCGCUCGCCGAAUGAGGGGAAGGAAUGGCAUCUCGUUGAGGGCGUGCCGAGGGGCGAUGCGUACAUGCUUAUCGAGCAUCCGUACGAUAACAGUAUCGCCUUCAUCCUGUCCUCAUCGACCACGCACUACCGCACGAUGAACCGCGGGGAGACCUGGCAAUCCUUCGUCACCGCCCUCGCUCCCUCUCUCUCCUCCAACACGCUCUCUUUCCACGCGCGCAAGUGGGAUUGGAUUUUGUUCGCCGGUCAGAAGUGCGAGGAUGUGGGCGGGUGGCAGGGGAGGGUUUGUCAUGAUGAGACCUUCUACACGAAGGACGCCUUCGCCUCGUCGCCCAAGCCCCUCCUCCCCUACACGACCCGCUGCAUCUUCGCGCACGACAAAGAAGAGAUGGCCGCCUACGUCCCGGACGAACUCGUCUACUGCGCCGCCUACGAACCGCCCUCCGCCUCGCAGUCCUCGACUUCCUCCACCGGCUCCACUCUCAAAGACGCCAUCUCCUCCCUUAUCGGCGGUACGCCGCGUAGCUUGAGGGAGAGCAGGUUGUGGAGCUCGACGGACUGGUUCGAGAAGGAGCGGACGUACGUCGAUUUGGGCAUUGGGAGGGAAGCGAAGGGCGUUGUUGGGAUCGGCGGAGUGCAGAAGUACCUCGUCACUGCGCUCAAGCCUUCGCUCGGCGGGACCUCAGACGACAAAGGCGGCGCGGGAGAAGGGUCGGGCGAGAUGGUCCUGUACGUGACAGAGGACGGGUCGACUUGGUCGCGCGCGCAGUUCCCUCACGGACACGGACUGCGCGAGAAUGCGUACACGAUCGUCGAGUCUACCCCACAUUCGAUCCUCGUCGACGUCAACUCGUCGCCGUCCGCUACCGCCGGAACGCUCUUCACGUCCAAUUCGAACGGGACGUACUUUGUCCGCAGCCUCGAGAACACCAAUCGGAACAAGAAUGGGAUUGUCGACUUUGAGCGGAUUGUGGGCGUCGAGGGAGUCGCGAUGGUUAAUACGGUUAGGAACGUUGCCGAGGUCGAGGCGGGACAUGAGAAGGACCUCAAGACGAUGAUCACGUUCGAUGACGGCGGGCACUGGAGCCUCAUCAAGGCGCCGCCGGUCGACCACAAGGGCCGCAAGGUCAAGUGCGACACGGACGACAUCGACUCGUGCUCUCUCCACCUUCACUCGGUCACCCAGCCUCACAACUACGGCCGCGUCUUCUCCUCGACCGCACCCGGCCUCGUCAUGGGCGUCGGCUCAAUCGGCUCCCGCCUCCUCCCCUACGACGACUGCGACACGUUCGUCUCGACCGACGCAGGGUUGACGUGGAGGAUGGUCGAUGACGGAGCGAAGAAGUACGAGUUUGGAGAUCAGGGCGCUGUGCUCGUGAUGGUCGAGGAUGAGGAGCCGACGGAUGAGCUCAAGUACUCGUUCGAUUACGGCAAGACUUGGUACGAGUUCGACCUCGGCGUCAAGCUCCGCGCUCGCCUCCUCACCACCGUCCCGGACUCGACCUCGCUCAAGUUCAUUCUCCUCGGCACCCUCACGCGCAACUCGAAGCACAAGGGCUCGCAAGGCGAACGUCACGUCAUCGUCUACAUGGACUUUGAGAGCUUGGGCAAGCGGAAGUGCGAAGACAAGGACAUGGAGAAGUGGUACGCGCGUACGAUCGGAGGACAGCCGGAUUGCUUGAUGGGUCACAAGCAAUGGUUCAUGCGACGGAAGCAGGACGCCGACUGCGUCGUUCAUGAGAAGUGGAAGGACCCGGUCGGGCGCGAGGAGGACUGCCCGUGCGACGACGAGGACUACGAGUGCGACUACAACUUUGCGCCCGACGGCAUGGGCGGCUGCACGCUUGUUGGUCCCGAACCGACCCCGCCCGGCCAGUGCUUGCGCGACGGCGACAAGUUCAUGGGCUCGAGCGGCUUCCGGCUCAUCCCCGGUAAUACCUGCGACGUCAAGCGCGGCAUCAAGAAGGACGCCAAGGUCGAGAAGCCGUGCCAUGCGGGUCAGGAGACGCCAGGACUCGUCACGCACCAGUCGUUCACCUUCCCCGGCUAUGUCAUCGACCACGCCUACUUCGGCGACUCGCACACGAUCCUCGCCUUCACGAAAAAGAACCGCGUCUGGCAGUCGAUGAACCAGGGCUUCUCGUGGCACGAGGCCGUCAGCGAGGCGAACGUCCUCGCGAUGACGAUGCACGGCUACGCCCGCGAUCGCGCUUACCUCAUCACCGACUCGCGCACUGUGCACUACACGACCGAUAAGGGCAACAGCUGGAACAAGUUCACCGCCCCAGCCGACCCGAACGGUCUCGGCAUCCCCCUCCUCGACUUCCACCCGCUCAAGGCCGACUGGCUCAUCUGGACGGGCCAGAUCAACUGCGGCGACAACGACUCGACGACUUGUCGCGCCGUCGCCUACAUGACCAAGGACAACGGCCGCAACUGGAGCAAGCUCGAGGAGUACGUCCGCGUGUGCAGCUGGGGCCGCGACAAGAAGUUCCGUAUCGACGAGAAGACGAUCUUCUGCGAGGCGUACCGCGACAAAAAGGGCUCGCAGCGCGCCGUCUACCAGAACAACAACCCGCUCCAGCUCAUCUCGGGCGAGUUCUUCUACUCGCACAAGACGACCUUGUUUUCCUCGAUCGUUGGCUUUGCCACGUUCGAGAAUUACAUGGUUGUCGCCGAGACGUACGAGAACACGCGCGCGAUCGGCCUCAAGGUCUCGAUGGACGGCAAGACGUUCGCCCUCGCCCGCUUCCCGCCCAACAUGCACCUCGAGAACCAGGCGUACACCGUUCUCGAGUCAACGACCGACUCGGUCUUCCUGCACGUCACAACGCACGCCGACGUCGGCAGCGAAUGGGGAACGCUCUUCAAGUCGAACUCGAACGGCACCUACUACGGUCCCUCGCUCGAGUACGUCAAUCGCAAUGGCCGCGGGUUUGUUGACUUCGAGAAGUCAAUCGGACUCGACGGCAUUGCGGUUGUCAACAUCGUCUCAAACCCCGACGAGGCGGCGCUCAGCAGCAACAAGAAGCUUCAGACGCGGAUCACGCACAACGACGGCGGCAGGUGGAAGCCCCUCAACCCGCCGGCGAAGGACGCGCUCGGUCAAGCGUACGAUUGUCGAGGAACGAACUGCGCCCUCCACAUCCACGGCUACACGGAGCGUGACGACCCGCGGGCGACCUACUCUUCGCCUUCUGCGACCGGCGUCAUGCUGGCGGUCGGCAAUGUCGGCGAGCACCUCAUCUCGUACACCGACUCGGACACCUUCCUCACUCGCGACGGCGGCUUUACGUGGGAAGAGGUUCACAAGGACGCCCACAUGUGGGAGUUCGGCGACCAGGGGACGAUUCUCAUCUUGGCGAACGACGAGCAGCCGACCGACCACGUCACGUACACGCUCAACCAGGGCCUCUCGUGGCAGGACUACUCGUUUGGCGAAACCGUUCGCGUCAAGUCGAUCGUCACCGUUCCGAUGGAUACCAGCCGCAAGUUCAUCCUCUUCGGGACGAAGCCCGAUCGGCCCGACCAGACGGUCGCCAUUCACCUCGACUUUUCCUCCAUCACCAACAUCAAGUGCAAGCUGGACCUCGCCCACCCGUCGAAUGACGAUUUCGAACUGUGGAGUCCGAGCGAGAACCGGGACGAGCCGUGUUUGUUCGGCAUGCAGGCGCUCUACCACCGCCGAAUCCGCGACCGCAAUUGCUUCGUUGGCGAGCGACUUCCGCAGCCACACAAGAUCGAGAAGUAUUGCGCCUGUACGGAGCAAGACUUCGAAUGCGAGUUCAACUACAAGCGCAACGCUCGCGGCGAGUGCGUCCUCGUCGACGGCGCGCAGCCGCUCGAGUCGGACCAGACGUGCGCGUGGGAUCAGCCGUUCUGGUACGAGCGGACGAAUAUGCGCAAGGUCCCGCACUCGAAGUGCGUCGGCGGCCUCCAGCUCGACAAGGGUCCCGCGCACGUCUGUCCCGGGCACUCGCGGCGCGGCGGCUUCUUUUGGGCGACGAUCGCCGUCCUCCCCUUUGGCCUCGCCGCGCUCGCCGCCUUCUGGUGGAAUCGCCGACGAAGCGGCAAGGGCCGCAUCCGCCUGCCCGAACCUGGCGAGCCUGGACGGUCUGGCGUCGUCGAGUUCCUCGUCAGCGUGCCGUGGUUCCUCAUCGGAAUUGUUGGCGUCGCCAUCGAGAAGCUGCGGGAUAUCGAGCUGCCUUUCGUCGGCCGGCGGAAUCGACGAGGAGGUUACCGAUCGCUGCGGCUCGAUAUGGAUGCGGAGUUGCUCGCGGACUACGACGACGACGAGGAGCUCUAG